AUGUUGUCACUAGUGUCCGACAAUGUAAACUCAAAGCUUCAGUUGUUGGUGCCUGUUAUGGUUGCACCUUCAGCCGUAUCGGCUUGGCGAAGUGCACUGCUAGAGCUGAAGAAAAUUGAUGCUGUUCGAGUCCGUUGUGCAAACAAGAACGAUAUGUUCGUCAUCGAGGUGUUUCCUGCGCGGUCAGAUCCAAAUAGUGAAUCGAUUGAAAAUGGUCGUCCAAUACGGAGACCAACCAUGAGGAUUGAAAGGACGCUGCUGGAAUUUGUUCAACUUCGUGACAAAGUUUACGACAUCGUGCACGAGGCUCAUCGCGGUGAACAUUGCGAACUUUGCUCGAAACUCCUGGAAUUGAUCGUAUUCGGAGCAAACCCUGACGGAUUUAUAGUUGGCCUGCUCGGCGGUAAGCGGCUGAAGCGCACGGUGAUGAGGUUUAUGGUAGAUCUCUUGAGAGUUAUCAUUCGUCAAGUCUGUAUCAACACACGAGGCUGCUGCUCCGGGCAGACUUUAAUCCCACAAGCCGUGCACGCGUUUCUCUUCACCUGA